GCAUCGCCAACGAAGUGCUAUAAAAAGCGCAGAAUCUUUUAGUAUCGCUUAGUAUUAGCAUAAAUCAUGUUCGCAUUGUUAUUGAUCUUGACUUGCUGCCAACUGUGGAGUUGGCCCGCUGAGAGUGCUGCCAUUAAUGAACCGGUGCCAAUCCUCAAAUCGGUGGCCGAACAACUCAGUUCUGGCUCCUAUUUAUUUUCGUACGAGGGCGCAGAUGGCAGUUAUCGCGAGGAGGUGGGCAUAGUUAAAUCCGAUCCAAAGACAAAGACAAUCGAUGACGAUCUGGAGGUGUCCGGCAUGUAUGGCUAUAUCGACGACAGGGGCCAGAAGGUGGAAGUCAGCUAUACGGCGGACAAGAAUGGCUUUCUGCCCCAUGUUAGGUACUUUGCCAGGGGGGAGCCUAUAAAUAAAUCGAAGUGAGCCAUUAUCUUUGAUGGCCACACAUUCUUGCAAAUGUUAGCCAGACAAUUACUAAAGCCAAGAGCCGAUCCA